ACCGUCAUAUGCACAAGGAGGGUUCGUCUAGUGUGCAUCGCAUACCCCACCCAGCUCACCCACUAGUGAUAGCCUCUGUCUGCAGUCGCGCAAUGCAUUGUGGUCAUAUGUUCCGCUUCCUGUGGCAGCGGCGGUGCGAUACGAUGGGACCGGAGAAAGCGUCGAGCCUUUCCCUACAGCACUUUCCAUGCACUGCAUAGUCGCAUAUACAGUACCACCCUUCCGCUCCUUUCCCCCGCUCCUUCGUACCUCGCUAUCCGACUAUGGCGUCGUAUGAGCCAUCCCAGGAAACCCUAGACAACGUCGCUUUCAGCAACUUUGGCUACUACGCCGUAGUCGCGUUCCUCGGAUAUGAGUACUUCAUCACUCUCGACAUGGAGGUGGCCUUGUUCUGGAAGAAGCAUACAACGGGAGCAGGAAUCCUCUUCUUCUUCAACAGGUAUUAUACCCUCUUAUGGGCCGUGGCAGAAGCCGCGACUCCUUACUACACCUCUCCCAAAAGGUUCGCUUUCUACGACUGCGCUCGCACCGUCCAUCGCAACCUCACAGUCACGACUUAG